AUGCUUUUCUCACGCCACGGUUUCCUAGCUCCUUCGCUCAUAUCGCUACUUCUCACUGGCAGCGCGGUUGCCGAUGACGCGCGAUCAAGGGCCCGCGAUGCGCUCCAGACACUUCAGGGCUGGUAUAACCCCAAGAGCGGGAUCUGGGAUACCUGUGGGUGGUGGGAUGGCGCAAGCUGCAUGAACACAAUCGCGGAUCUAGCUGCCCUCGACCCGUCGGUGAUGGAUACUGCGACAUAUGUCUUCAACAACACAUUCAACAUUGGGCCGGUAUCAAAUCCGCAUCCCGGGCCGGAAAUAAAGACUGUCUUCACGCGCGACAAUCACCAAUCGAGUGCCGUCAAUGCCAGCCAGUGGCUCAACCAGGCAUAUGACGAUGAUGGGUGGUGGGCCCUGGCAUGGAUUGGCGCAUACGACGUCACCAAAGAAGGAACAUACCUGGAACUAGCCGAAGGAAUUUUCCAAAGCUUGGUUGACGCGUGGGGCACAAAUUGCGGCGGCGGCGGUAUUCCCUGGAACCCAACGAGCACAUAUGUCAACUCGAUCACGAACGAACUAUUUCUGUCCGUCGCGGCACACCUCGCGAACCGUGUUCCUGAAAGGAAGGAAUACUACAUCCGCUGGGCGCAGAAGGAAUGGGAUUGGUUCACAUCCCAGGACUUUAUCGGUGAAAACGGCACUAUCAACGAUGGACUGUUGGAGAACUGCGAGAACAAUGGAGCCACAGUAUGGUCCUACAACCAAGGCGUCGUCCUCGGUGGCCUAGUGGAAUUAAACAAAGCGUCACCAAACAACACAUACCUCCCCUCCGCCAACAAGAUCGCAAAAGCCGCCAUAGAAACAUUAGCCGACUCAAACAACGUUAUCCACGAGUUCUGCGAGCCGCAGUGUCUUCCAGAUGGCACGCAAUUCAAGGGGAUUUUCAUCCGUAACCUGCGAAAGCUGCAGAAAGCCUCCCCGCACGACCUUUACCGAAAGGUUAUCACCAGCUGCGCGGAUAGUAUCUGGGAUAAUGAUCGCAACGAGAAAGGUCAGUUUGGCGUUAACUGGGCUGGGCCUAUUGAGGCUGUAGUUGAUGCGUCAACGCAUAGCUCUGCCUUUGAUGCUCUCGUUGCGGCCGUUGCGGUAUUGAACUAG